GCAGACUCACACAAAUACAGUUGUGUGUGUGUUUCUUAAAAAUGCACUCAGAUGCGUCAAAUUUCCAACUGAACUCCCACUUGUCAACACUGGCCAGUAUCCACAAGAUCUACCACACUCUGCACAGGCUGGUAAAUAAGGCCUCCAUUUGUUUGCACUUAACAUUCACAGCCAAGAGCUUUAAUACAGAACCUGACAGAAGACAUUGGUCCAGAGUCUCACAGCACAGCCUGCUGCUCCAGAGCCAUGCCUCCCAGGAAAAAGAGGAGGCCCACUGCUGGAGAUGACCUGUCUGCCAAGAAGAGCCGGCAGGAUAAUGUUUACAGAAAACAGGAGCCAUUGCAAAUCCAGGAAGCUUUUUCUAGCAAGAGAUGUCUAGAGUGGUUCUACGAAUAUGCAGAGUGUGAUGACGUUGUUGGACCAGAAGGCAUGGAGAAAUUCUGUGAAGACAUUGGAGUGGAGCCAGAGAAUGUUGUAAUGCUGGUAUUGGCCUGGAAGCUUGAUGCUCAAAGUAUGGGUUACUUCACUUUACAGGAGUGGCUCAAGGGAAUGGGCUCAUUGCAGUGUGACUCUACAGAAAAACUCAGGAACUCUCUAGACUACCUGAGGUCUGUCCUCAACGAUGCCACCAGUUUCAAGCUCAUUUACCGAUAUGCCUUCGACUUUGCCAGGGAGAAGGAUCAGAGGAGUUUAGACUUGAAUACUGCCAAGUGCAUGCUGGGACUUCUACUUGGGAAGACCUGGCCACUGUUUCCAGUGUUUAACCAGUUUCUAGAACAAUCUAAAUAUAAGGUCAUAAAUAAAGACCAAUGGUGCAAUGUUCUAGAAUUCAGUAGAACUAUUAACCUUGAUCUCAGUAACUAUGAUGAGGAUGGGGCCUGUGAGUACAAGCACCCACACUUUAACAUGUCUGUAUACCUUGUAUUACUUCCCAAAUUAAGACACCCAUCAGAUUUACCUUUUCCCUUAUUCCUCUCUCCUUCUUUCCACUCAGGGCCAGUGCUGUUGGAUGAGUUUGUGGAAUGGUAUAAAGACAGAGAGAUGUCGUAGCGACAACUUCUCCACACCCAAAACCACCAAGUAGAAAUUAAUUCCAACAAUCACCAUUACAAUAAUGACAGAAACAGCCUUGAAACAAACAUCUACAAAGUACAAAAGUGUUUUGGGACAAACUGAUGGUGGCCCCUGGUGGUGAGGGCAGAGUGUAUGAUUUUUUGCAUAGAAUGUAAUUAUCAGUGCACAUGUUGUAUGUUGCUCUUACAUCCAGGGCCAUAAGAGGGUCACUGGUGGUUGUGUGUUGGAGAAAUUGCACCUCAUCAGCUCCACCUAAUGCCCCCAUAGCCCGCAACGCAUUGUGGAUAAGCACAUGGCCAGCCUCAGUGCUGCCUUCCCACCCCACUGUGAUGUUUCAUAUUGCUGUGAAUGUUUCAAUUGGCCCUUAUGAGGAGGAUGAAUUAUGAUUCUCCACAAGGCAGGGUAGAUAAAAGCUCCCAUCUUCUCAGAAAUCACAAGUAAUUUUGGCCUGGAAGGAAGGGCAGAAAGCUUACCUGCUUGACUUUUUACUGAAGUUCUUUUGACUUAUUAUUUACUAAGUCUCCUUGUUUUGGUUAUACUGUGACCUUUGGCAUCUUUUAUUUUUGCACAAUGCAUUGUGUUGCCACUUAAUAAAGCAUGUCACAUGAAAGAGUGUCAUUGACAUUCUGCUACAACAGAGAAAUAGUUCAUGUGGUGUUUUAUCAUUAUCUCACCACUUAAAUUCUUUAUAUUGAUUAUAAGAUCAAGGAGAAGAUCUUUACUGCUCAGAACAUGAAAAAUGGAGUUGUACUUAUUUCAUACUUUUGCCAGACUAUUCACACAUAUUAACAGUGUACUGAAAUACUCGGUUGAAAUACAGCACAUAACUGUACUAGGCUUUAGAUAUCCCUGCAGAGGCUUACAAAUAUGCGAUGGAAAUUAGACAGUGCCAGUACGUAAACUACACCUACAUGUUGUAGUCCAUCCUGUCUUCUCUGCUCUGAACCUUUGGCCUUUGAUAUAAAAUGGCGUGGGAAGUUGCAUCAAGAUGGUUACUUGGUGUGAUAUCUAAUCACUAAGUUUGAAAUGUGAUCAGGUGUAAGAUUUACUUAUAUACUGAAUUUUUAUGUCUUCCCUUUUAAAAUCUAUGGUAAAUGGAGCUUAGAGCCCAGUAUCCUUUUCCUGGCUCAGUUUUUAUAGAGCUGGCCAUCUUGCCAAGGAGUAUGUGUGAGGUGUGUGUGAGAAGGGACUACAGAGUACAUUCACUAUAUCACUUGAUCAUACAUAUGAUUUCUUGGCAUAGUUCAUGAGCAAACCCUAGCAAUGUAACUAUACUGUACAUGCCACAAGGUGAAAAUGAAAGGGCUAAGUGAUAGAACAGAGACAAGAAAGAGAGACCGCUGUUACAUUGCACUUUAACAGUGCAAUAUUUCUGUGAUAAAUUGCAACAAAUAUAUAUAAUAACAGGUAUCCUGCCCUAAACACACCUUUAGCCGCACCCUCUUCUGUAUAUCUUAAUCCAUGCUGACCAAUGUUUAGCAACUACUUAACAUUCUCAGAUCAAUUCAUCAGUUUAGUCAAUGGCAAUGGUGUGAAGCUAACUUGUCAUCUGACCAAUGAAUAAAAAUGCAUGCAUGCAUUCUGCAAUUAGAGCCAUCUUGAGAAUGAAUGAGGUUUUUCUGUUUUGUAAAACAAAAAAAGUCCUUUGGUUUGUACAGGUUUUUGUAGAAGUGGGUUUUUUGUGCAUAAUUUGGGUAUAUGUGGUCAUGCCGUCUUAAUGCUUAAUGAAAAACAUGAAUGUGUGAUGUAUUUAGAGCUUAAAAACACACAUGUUGAGAUGUUCUUCUCUGCAUUUCCACCUCCACCAUCUUCACUAAGUGCUAAACUACCACUUGAUCAAGAGUUAUGAGUGAAUGCAGCACUUCAGUAAUUUAAUGAGGAAUUUUGUUAUCUGUUCAUAAAAUAAGGAAUUGAAGUACAGAGGCAAAAUCAUUAUCAACCUUUAUUAAAGAGCUUAUGUUGAGUAAUAUUAACUAAUUUCUAAGAUGUUUUUUUUGUUUUGUUUUGUUUUGUUUAGCUGAGGGAUGCUCUCAGUAAUUUACAUAAGAAGUGCAUAAAAGUAUCUGAGACCUAAGCCGUCUAUGUAUGAUGUGCAAUGUGCAUGCUGGCCAGAAUCCAUUUGUAAUGUGUCUAUCGGCACUUGUCAUAAUUUCAUUCAUUUGCACCUGUCUGUGCCUGUGGGAGAGCUUAAAAUUUGAGGGUCUGAACUGUUAGAGUUCCCCUAUGUUCUGACUGUUGCUUUAGUUGGGGGAGUGUGUAAUACAGAGGGUUGAGCAUUCUCAUUUGACUGUAUAUAUGUAUGGAUGUGUGUAUAUGUGUUUGUUUUCACUGUAACCUCUACAUUCAGUAUAUAAUA